AUGUUCUCUUCCUUCAAAAUUCUCGCCCUGGCCGCCCUGGUCGCCGUCGUCGUCUGCGAAGAGCAGUUCGAUGAGGAGAAAGUCAAAGGUUUGGUUCGAGUCUCAAAAAGCUGGCGUUUGAAAUGAAUACUAAGGGGUGGUUUGCUUUGAUUUCAGCUCGAAAAUACUCAAAAUCUCAAAAAUUUCUCCGGAAGAAAUACAAAAGGUUGUACUCUCGUAGUAAAAAUUCAGAUUGAAAGUUAUUUUCAAACCGUAAACCUUUCUGUGAAAGCUCAAAUGUUCAAUAGCACUUUUAAAAUUAAAUUCUGCUGAAGAUUUACAAAAAUGAGGUUAGGUCAGAUAGAAUACGUUUCAGGUUUGAAUGAUGAAGAAAAUCGAAAAUUUUCAAGUCAAUUCAGUUUGUUGUUGGCUUUACUGAAUUUGCAUGCAUGAACGUUUACACAGCAAAAAUUUAAAGGCGAAAAACUUCAAAACCAGAAAAAAUUUAUCCGACAAUAAAUAUAAUUUUGUUUAUAACUGGCCAUUUUCAGCCCAACUCGUGAAGGAUAUGAAGGAAGCUGGUGUUUCCGAGGAAACUAUUCUCGGAGUGGAGAAGGUCGCCGCCCCUUUCAAAGUGAGACCAUUCAAAAUACCGUUUCGUAGCCUGAAUGACGAUUUGAGGCGCAAAUCAAAGAGGCCCGGACCAAGAACGACGAGAAGGCCGGAAAAGACGCUUUCGAAAAAAUGAGCGCUGCCGUCGACGCCUACGUCGCCAAGGCUUCUAAGGAAGAUCAAGUGAGCUUUUUUUGAAACCAAAAAACGUUUUCAGAAACCUGGAGUACAGAAUGAUCUUGAAAAAAAGAGCAAAAGUCUGAAAAUGAGAAAGAAUAACAAGCUUUUGCUUAUAUUGAGCAAUUUUCAAGCUUUCGCUUUUCUUGCUAUUAGUUUUUGAUGAUGAUGAUUUGCAAAUUUGAGUCGUCGUUAUAACAUUUCCCCUCCCUGAAGAAGUUAAUUAAUGAACUAAUUACAGGCCGCCUUCAAAAAGUUCGUCGAGAAGAUCAAGGCCGAAUACGACGCACAUGCCCGCGAGCACGAGCUCGCCGGUGUUCCCGAGCACCACUAG